UGCUUUGCAAGAGAGUGCAGGCGUGACUUGAAAAACCACAAAGAGCUUGGGUUUACAUUGGCCUACAAUUUUCCAGAGUGCAAGUUUCUUAUAUUCACACGUCUUCCGCCUUCUACUGUUUCACGAUCCUUGUGCUGGCGUUUUCAAAGAGGUGAAGCACAGAGAGGACGAAGAAAUACUUCUGCCUUCAAUAACGGCAAAAAAAGGACACUGGGUUGCUCAUCAUUCAGAUCCAAACUUCAAAAUGAGGACUAUCAUGUGGUUUGGUUUCGUGCUGGGUGCACUCUCUGCUGCUGGGGAAGUCAUCUUGUCCACACCAGGAAACAACACCAAAUUGAAGUGUGGAAUCAACACAAACUUCAAAUCAGUAGAAUGGUUAAAGGAAAACAACCGCAUUAUUCUCAUGGGUGAUACUGGCAUAGCAAGGAAAGGCAGCGGAGAAAUUGUGCAGCGGUCAAGGGUGACUGGAGCAGACCUUCAGGUCUCCAGAGUGAAGGAAGAAGAUGCAGGGAAGUUCACUUGCAAGAUGGAUGGGAAAUCUAAAGUUCAUACACUUCUUGUUGUCUUAGUCUCUGCCGACCACUCUGGUGCUCUCCAGCAGGGUGGUGAGGCUACGCUCAAGUGUCAGGUAAAGGGUCUGGACUCCACAGUAAAGUGGAGGUGGCCGAAUGGCACUGAAACACAGUCCGGGAUCGUUCAACUCAAACCUGUAGCGCAUUCUCAUAAAGGGAAAUGGGAGUGUUUGUUCAACCAUGACAGCGUGCCCUACAGUGAGAUCUUAAACAUCAUUGUCGAAGCUGCACCAGUGCCUACCAAGGUAUCUACUGAAGUCUAUAGCCCAACCUGCAUCAGCUGUGUUAGUAACCCUCCACCCAAGGAUUCCUCCCUGGUGCUGGAGCUCAGCUGGUGGGUGUGGGUGGCAAUUGGAGCUGGCAGCUUGGUGAUGGUCCUCCUGAUGGUCUUUGUUGUAGUUUUGUGUAAGAGGAUCAGAAGAAAGAAGAGAAAACAUCGGAUGAGGCAAAAUGGCCACCAGCCACUGAAUCCCCGACAGUUCUGCCAGUGUAACCGCCCAACAGCUGCAGCAGCAAAACCGCAGCAAGGACGCCGAAGAGAGAAGCCACUGGCCCUCCCUCGGCAACCUCUGCUAAUGGAGUGACAUGAAAGGCAGAUCGAAGAAAAGAGAGAGAGACAGAAAAGAAAGAGAGAGGGUGAGAGAAAAGAGGGGAAGGAAAGGAACAGAUAGAGAUAAAGGAGGGAAAGAGAAACCCAGUGUGAAUACAGCAUGAAUAUAAAUGGGCUUUUGAAUGUUCUUGAUGAAAACAAAAAUCAAAUGUAAUGAUGUGGGCACUUUGAGCUUUUUCAUGAAAUAUAACAGGUGAGCUGAAUGCAAAUAAGGCCUUCAACAGCAACAGAGAGCGGCAACAGUCUGUACUUAUUUUUUUAUAUUCGUGCAGAGUAUUAAAAUGCUGCGCCUAUCCUUCAAUACAUAAUUGACAACUUCUAUUGAUGCUUUUUUCUGUUUUUGCUUUUUAUACUGAAUAACAUAUAUUUGAUUUGUUUCUUUGUAUUUGGCAAAUGUUUGUCUGCUUUUCAUUUAUUCCUGCAGAUUGUAAAUAAAAAAGUUCAGUUUACUCUUAAA